AUGCGAUUCCAUCGCGCUUUCAAACGCCUCCUCCUCGGAAUCGCGAUUUCGAACGAUUUCGGGCGAUUCCGCUUCCGGAGCGAGAAGCGCACCACCACCAACGAUUCCAUGCUAUGUAGACUGCUCUCUUCUCGGUCUCUCGGAACCCAAAACUUAAAGCUUCGGAUUCGACCUGCAAAACUCGGACCCUCCAAUGGUUCAAGAACCACUUGCUGGUUCAAGUUCGGAAAGAACGGUGUCGAUGCUGAAAAUGCCGGAAUCUAUGGUAGUCAGUCUCGAGAUGACUUCGACAGAGACGACGUCGAACAGUACUUCAAUUACAUGGGGAUGCUUGCGGUAGAAGGUACCUAUUCAAAGAUGGAAGCUCUUCUUAACCUAAACACUCACCCGGUCGAUAUCCUGUUGAUGCUAGCCGCUACAGAAGGUGACAGGCCUACGUUCGAGGAGCUGCUUAGAGCCGGUGCUAAUUACUCUGUCAAGGAUGCUGAUGGAAGAACGGCUAUCGACAGAGCCAACAGCGAAAAGAUCCGUGAAUUGAUCCUUGGCUACUCAACUCAAAAAGGCUUGACUUUGUGGCUUGGUUUAUAA